AUGGGCUUCAAAUCAAUUAUCUGCGUCUUCGCCUUGCUGGUGCUGUUUCUGAGCGUAGCACUCUUUGAAAAGCUGGAGUUCUCGGUAUCUUUGAACAGCGGCCGCUCUCACGAACCGGUUCCAUCCGAGGCUCCAAAAAAUCAAUGCCUGACGAGGGCGGAAGCCGAAGUGAUCCUUCAGAAAUGGAUCGAUGUCAAGGUAUCUCGAAAACACGACCAACAGCAUGAACUGUUCCACGAAAGCUUUCGUCUAUUUUCUGAGAGCCAGAACAGCGUCAACGGCGGUCGCAUGAAGAGCGUGCUAAUCCAUGUAACCAUCCAGGUUUCACUCCCUGUGUUCUAUAACAGGAAUGAACUUUUUACCCAUUUCAAUGAAAACGACCUGUCCGCUGCGGGCGGCAUCAUUGAUGUGAUGGCCUGGGACCACGGUUGCCACUCCAUCGCAUUCAGGUUUACGUUGCAUGCUGAAUCUCGGCCUGGCAUGCUGCCUACUGCGGGUGUUGCCUUUAUCACGCUUGACCCAAAUACUCACAGAGUCAAGGACGUGCCAUUAUUGGAUAAAUAUGGAGUUCUCUAA